AUGAGCGCCCCGCACUGGUGGGACCAGCUGCGGGCUGGCAGCUCGGAGGUGGACUGGUGCGAGGACAACUACACCAUCGUGCCUGCCAUCGCCGAGUUCUACAACACGAUCAGCAACGUCUUGUUUUUCAUUUUACCUCCCAUCUGCAUGCGCUUGUUCCGUCAGUACGCAACGUGCUUCAACAGCGGCAUCUACCUGAUAUGGACUCUCUUAGUUGUGGUGGGAAUUGGAUCCGUCUACUUCCAUGCAACUCUUAGUUUCCUGGGUCAGAUGCUAGAUGAACUUGCAAUCCUCUGGGUUCUGAUGUGUGCUUUGGCCAUGUGGUUCCCCAGAAGGUAUCUACCGAAGAUCUUUCGCAAUGACAGGGGCAGGUUCAAGGUGGUGGUCUGCGUCCUGUCUGCUGUUACAACGUGCCUGGCAUUUGUCAAGCCCGCCAUCAACAACAUCUCUCUGAUGACCCUGGGGGUUCCCUGCAUGGCGCUGCUCAUUGCUGAGCUAAGAAGGUGUGACAACGUGCGUGUUUUUAAGCUGGGCCUCUUCUCCGGCCUCUGGUGGACCCUCGCCCUCUUCUGCUGGAUCACUGACCGGGCCUUCUGUGAGCUGCUGUCGUCUGUCCACUUCCCCUACCUGCACUGUGUAUGGCACAUCCUCAUUUGCCUUGCUGCCUACCUGGGCUGCGUGUGCUUUGCCUACUUCGAUGCUGCGUCCGAGAUCCCCGAGCAAGGCCCCGUCAUCAAGUUCUGGCCCAGCGAGCGCUGGGCCUUCAUCGGCGUCCCCUACGUGUCCCUUCUGUGCGCCAACAAGAAAUCCUCGGUGAAGAUCACAUGA